AUGACCAUGAAUGAAGACCUUAAAGAGAUGUUGGAGAGCAACAAGGAGUCGCUCAAACUGGAGGCCAUGAAGAGGAUUGUUGGUCUCAUCGCCAAAGGGAAAAAUGCAUCGGAGCUGUUUCCGGCUGUUGUGAAGAACGUCGCGAACAAGAACAUAGAGCUUAAGAAACUCGUAUACGUCUACCUGGUGAGGUAUGCAGAGGAGCAGCAGGACCUGGCUUUGCUGUCCAUCAGCACCUUCCAGCGGGCCCUGAAGGACCCAAACCAGUUCAUCCGGGCCAGUGCGCUGAGGGUUUUGUCCAGUAUCCGUGUCCCCAUAAUUGUUCCCAUCAUGAUGGUGGCCAUCAAGGAAGCUGCAGCUGACCUUUCCCCGUAUGUCAGGAAGACCUCAGCCCAUGCUAUCCAGAAGCUCUAUAGCCUGGAUCCAGACCAGAAGGAGCAGUUGAUUGAAGUGAUCGAGAAACUGUUGAAAGAUAAAAGCACACUGGUGGCCGGCAGUGUGGUGAUGGCCUUCGAAGACGUUUGUCCCGAUCGCAUAGACCUGAUCCAUAAGAACUACAGGAAGCUUUGUAACCUGCUGGUGGAUGUGGAAGAGUGGGGCCAGGUGGUCAUCAUCUCUAUGCUGACCCGCUACGCCAGAACCCAGUUCGUCAGUCCCUGGAAGGAGGGCGCCAUGUUCGAUGAGAACAAUGACAAGGCUUUCUACGAGUCUGACUCUGAGGAGAAAAAAGACCCGACGGAGGACAAACCUUACAUCAUGGAUCCAGACCACAGACUGCUGCUCAGGAACACCAAACCUCUGCUGCAGAGCAGGAACACUGCUGUUGUGAUGUCCGUAGCUCAGCUUUACUGGCAUCUGGCCCCUAAACAUGAAGUUAGCGCUGUCACCAAGUCACUGGUUCGACUUCUAAGAAGCCACAGAGAAGUGCAGUACAUUGUUCUUCAGAACAUCGCCACCAUGUCCAUUCAGAGAAAGGGGAUGUUUGAGCCCUCCAUGAAGAGUUUCUAUGUCCGAUCUACGGAUGCCACACAUAUUAAGACAUUGAAGUUGGAGAUCCUGACCAACCUUGCCAAUGAAGCCAACAUCUCCACUAUUUUGAGGGAGUUCCAGACGUAUGUGAAGAGUCAGGACAAGGCGUUUGCAGCAGCCACCAUUCAGGCCAUUGGCAGGUGUGCCACCAACAUCUCUGAGGUGGCAGACACCUGCCUCAAUGGUCUGGUUCUGCUCCUUUCCAACAGAGAUGAGACCGUGGUGGCUGAGAGUGUGGUGGUCAUCAAGAAGUUGCUUCAGACUCAGCCCACCCAGCACAGCGAGAUCAUCAAACACAUGGCCAAGCUCUUCGACAACAUCACUGUCCCCAUGGCCCGAGCCAGCAUCCUGUGGCUGAUGGGAGAGUACUGCGAGAAGGUUCCAAAGAUUGCACCCGACGUUCUUCGUAAGAUGGCAAAGAGUUUCACUGUGGAGGAGGACAUUGUCAAGCUGCAGAUAGUCAACCUAGCAGCCAAACUCUACUUGACCAACUCUAAACAGACCAAGUUGCUGACCCAGUACAUCCUGAACCUUGGCAAAUACGACCAGAACUACGACAUCCGAGACCGAACGCGCUUCAUCAGGCAACUCAUAGUCCCCAGCGAGAAGAGCGGCGCCCUCAACAAAUAUGCCCGGCGCAUCCUUCUUGCCCCCAAACCUGCUCCGCUUCUUGAAUCUGCCUUCAAAGAUCGAGACCGUUACCAGUUGGGCACCCUCUCCCACAGUCUCAAUACUAAAGCCAGUGGAUACCAGGAGCUCCCGGACUGGCCGGCCGUGGCUCCUGACCAGUCUGUGAGGAACGUGGAGAUCAUUGAGCCAGUGAAAGAAUGGGCACCAUCACUUGGGAAGGCCAAAAAACCCAAAUCUGGUGACAAGUUCUACUCGGAUGAAGAAGAUGAGAAAGAAGAGGAAGGGUCUGAUAGCAGUGGCAGUGAGGACAGCAGCAGCAGCAGCAGCAGCGGCAGCAGUGAAGAGUCUGGCAGUGAGAGUGAGGAGGAAAGCAGUGGAACAUCAGAAAAGACCUCCAGUGAUUCUGGAAAGAGUUCAACUGGAUCAGAGGGGAGCUCCAGUGACUCGGUACAAAACAAGAAGAAAAAAAAGACCAAGAAGGUGGUGAAGAAGAAGAGCAAGCCAGCUGCUGCCGACAGUGAUUCGGAUGAAAACGGGAACGGACCUGUAGCCAGUUCGAGCAGCUCAUCGGCCGAAAGCUCCUCCGGCUCUGAAACAGACUCUGAAGGCGACUCUGAUUCCGACUCCCCGGCAGCGCAAAAGAAGAAGAAUAACGUGAAGUCCAAACCCAAGGUGGAAGUGAAGUCCAAGAAGGAAGUCUCACUGUUGGAUCUAGACGACUUUUCUCCAGCACCUCAGAGCAACACCCCAAAGUCUGCAGUCCUGUCCUCGAGCCUGCUGUCAGACCUCGAAGGCCUGUCUCUCUCCAACGUCUCCCCCACCAUACAGGUCACCACUCCGUCCUUUGGCCCCAUGAAAACCCACGAGCUGCUUCACCACAUGACGGGAAAAGGCCUCUCGGCCAAGUAUCACUUCCCGAGGCAGCCGUGCUUGUACCAGCCCAGUAUGGUGGGGGUGCAGGUCAUACUGACCAACAGCUCGGAUCACACCUUGGAGGAGAUCCACGUUGGCGAGCGAAACCCUGCAAGCCUCAACAUCCACUGCUUUAACACCAUCGAGCGGCUGGAGCCAGAGGCCUCGGUGACGGUUUCCAUGGGUAUUGACUUCAGCGACUCGACGCAAGCAGCCAACUUCCAGUUGUGCACCAAGGAGGACGGGUUCAGUGUGUCCAUCCAGCCGGCCGUAGGAGAGCUGUUGAUGCCCAGUACCAUGACAGAACAGGACUUCUCCAAGGAGCAAGGUAAGCUCCUGGGUAUGAAUGAGAUCUCGGAAACCAUCACCAUGGCAACAGCAAACACCUCCAGCCAGGCCAUCAGCAAGCAGGUCCUGUCUGUGGCCAAUUUAGGGGUGGUUUCAUCGAGCCAGAGCAACUUCCACAGGUUUGCCGGGCGGACGGUCAGCAGUGGAGAUCUGGUCCUGGUGUCGCUGGAGGUGAAGGAGUCCUGCUCUGCUCUGCUCACCAUCAACACAGAAAAGAGCGUCAUGGCGUCCAUGUUGCUCCGAGACCUGAAACAAGCGCUGGCCCAGGCGUAGAGCGCCAGCACAUAAUAUGUGAGAAGGAGAACGCCGUUGGCCACACUGCACACAGAUCCACAGCCCACGUUUCAUGUCUUCACAAAUGGAGAUCCUUCUCUGAGACGCUUCAAGCCUCAGCUUCUCACUUUGUGUUGACGUGAUUUGCCAAGAAAAAGCAGCGCCAUUUCAAUCCCAGUGACACUCUUGUCAGAAAUGUGCAAAGCUUUAGAGUCUUUAGCCGCGCCAAACUAGUCUCUGUGCCUGAUUUAUUUUACAAUUUCAACCUUUAAACUUCCCCAGAAUCAUAUUUUGUGAAAGUGCCUUCGACGUGAAAAUAAUGUUAGAAUACAAAAAACAUAUACAUUAGACUAUAAUCAGGUCAUUUUUUUAUCUGUGUUACUGUUGCUGAAUAAUAAAAAAGUGAAAUUAAUAAUCCACAUUAUUCUUUGCGUCUGGAAUAUCUACGAUAAACGGCCUUUUUCUAUUGCAAACUGAGGUUUGUAAACUGCUUCCUCUUCUGCACCAAAGUCCAUAGAGAAUAUCCGCGGGUGAACAAUAUGACCUUAAAAUUAUAUCAUGAUGAUAUUUCACUGAAUUUCAAAGUAAAAGUGCUUGUUUUGACAUGGAACUGUGUAUUGUCCCACAAUAAUACCAUAUUUAUGAUGCAAUAGAGAAAUCAACUCAAUAAUAAUGUGCACAUCUGUUAUUAAAACACCCAACAAGCUCAAA